AUGGCAACCAAUAGCCUUCUCCUCGCCGCUCUCCUCCUCUUCGUCGUCAGCCUCGUGCCGCGCGGUGCGGAGGCGGACAAGCAGCCUCCGCUGGCCCUCGUCGCCGGCGUGGUGCCAUGCAGCGCGGGGAGCUCCAUCAACGUGGCUGCGGUUCCGCCGUUCCCGAACGCCGUCGUCCACAUGGUGUGCGGCGGCAGGGUGGUGGCCGGCACCAAGGCGGACGAGAGAGGAGCAUUCACCAUGAACAUGGGAACGGUCACCUCGUCGCUGCUCGCCCCUCUGCUCGGCAACCAGUGCAAGGUGGUGGUGGUCACCCCGCUAGCCGCGUGCAACGCGUCCCUGGCCAGCAUCACCGGGACGCUGGCCGCACCGGUGCAGCUCCUGGGUGCUGACAGCGGCGGCGGCCUCGGAGGACUUGGCGGCCUGAUAGGCCUCAUCGGCCAGAUCGUGGGUGGCCUCCUCGGCGGCAUCCUUAACAUCAUCCCCUUGCCCUUCUCCCUCGUCUAG